AUGCGCUCAUUCAUCCUAUCCGGUGCCAUGCUCCUGGCUACUCUCGUCAACGUGUUUAAUGCAGCCGCACUCGACACCCGGGCUCAAGAUUCUCAGUGGGCCAGCUUCUGCAAUGACGACGCCUGCAGUGACAGCUGCGGAGAAUGGGUUGCUGUGACAAGCGCCGGCUGUCUUAAUGAGUCAGGCCGGGGCUCCUUCAAGAUCAAGGGAGCCGCCUACACCCACGUCGCUUUAAUUAAGUCCUCAGGAGCGGGCUGCCCAUGUCAAACCUUCUCACGAUCGUGA